AUGGACAGGGAGGUACGCAUUGUGUCCUAUAUUCUCAUCCUCUUAGCUGACAGCAACCUUCCCACUGGUUCAUUUGUGGCCUCAUCUGGGCUUGAAAGCUACUUCAAGCACGGCUUUGGUUCUCCUUCCUCGGGGAUAGAGGCAACUCUCGAAUUUGUGCAAAACAGUCUGGAGAGCUAUGCAAGGAGUGCAAGUGGAUUUGUGAGAGAUGCACAUGAAGUUGUCGUAAGAUUUGUCGACGGCGAGCGGGCGGUACGGUUGGAAGACACCCUCGCAAAGCUUGGGGAGCUCGAUUCAUUGUAUGAAGCCAUGACACUCAAUCAUGUUGCCCGCCGCGCAUCGACCGCCCAAGGCAUUGCACUCCUCACACUGUAUACGAAAGGCUUCACCAAUCCUUAUGGUUUAGCAAAUGAUGCGAACUCCAACAGUGUGGUAAAUAUGGACAACUUUGUCGUGGAGAUGAAACUGCGGAUCCGUCAUGGGAAACUGAACGGCCAUUUGCCCAUCUGUUGGGCAGUCCUCACUGCAACUCUCGGGCUCCCAGCUGAACGCAGUAUCUGGCUACACCUCUUCCUACACGCACGAGCCCUGCUCUCUGCCUCUGUACGACUCAAUGCCAUCGGCCCGUACGCCUCUCAACAACUUCUCCUCCACUCCGUCCGACCCCUGGUUGACGAACAGGUGAAGCGUUGCGCCCACCUUCACACUGGCCUGGGGGAAGAAAUGAAAGAUACCGCGGAUGAUGGUGACGCGCUACCAGCGAGCACAUGGCCGCUAGGGGAGAUACUUGCUGCCAGACAUGACUUGCAGCAUUCGCGUAUCUUUAACAGCUAG